CAGUCCCUUUCUCCCAGACACCCUACGCAGAGCACGUUCGGGGACAUCCGUUUGCGCAGGCGCAGAAUUCAUUAGUCCUCUCCGUGUCUUCUUACGUCACUGGGAAAAAAAUGGCAGCGCUCAGUGUAGAAGUGGCAUGUCGGGCUUUACUCAGGCGCGGAGCCCGUUUGCUUCCACAGAGAACGGAGAGAAGGUAUCACAAAUGUCCAGCUUCACAGUGUUUGCACAAAAUCCGCUCGCCUGGAAUAAAACAGUUGUUUGUAGUAACAAGUGUUCGUCACCAAAGCACAGUGACUGGAGCUGCCGACGAGGCCCAAGUUCUACCAGAGAUACAGUUACAGCCCUCUGCUGCAUUUGACAAUGUUUUGCCACCACCUCUUGCUGAGUCAGCCCCCACAGUCUCUGAAGCCAUACUCCCUGAAGCUGUACAUCUGAGUCUAUCUGAUUUGGGCCUUGGUGGUUACACUCCUGUUGGAUUAAUACAGAACUUUCUGGAGUUCCUUAAUGUUGAUGUUGGUUUACCUUGGUGGGGAGCAAUAGUAACUGGAACAGUACUUGCCCGUAUUUUAGUAUUUCCUCUGAUCGUCAAAGGACAGAGAGAAGCUGCUAAGCUCAACAAUCACAUGCCACAGAUCAGCUCAAUUACCAACCGUAUAAAUGAGGCCAAGCAAUCUGGGAACAAAUUUCAAUUCUCUAAGGCAUACUCUGACCUAACUCUGUAUCAGAAGAAACAUGAUGUCAAUCCACUUCGUGGCUUUUUGGUGCCCCUAGUUCAGGCACCCAUUUUCAUUUCGUUUUUUAUGGCUCUGCGACAGAUGUCAUACCUUCCAGUUCCCAGUAUGCAAAGUGGGGGGCUGUGGUGGUUCACAGACCUGACUGCAGCUGAUCCUUUCUAUAUACUGCCCCUGACAGUAACUUGUACUAUGUGGGGAGUACUGGAGCUGGGAGCAGAGUCAGGUGUUGAUAACCCCAAUCUAAAAAUAAUGAAGACUGUAUUCCGUGUAAUGCCACUGAUAAUUUUGCCUCUUACAAUCAACUUCCCCACUGCGGUGUUCACAUACUGGGUGGCAUCAAACGUUUUCUCAUUAGCCCAGGUGGGCUUUCUGAAGAUCCCAGCUGUUCGUAAAAAACUAAAAAUACCUGAAAGGAUCAUACAUGAGCCAUCUGCACUGCCCGCACAGGAGAGUUUCAUAACGAACCUCAAAAAAGGUUGGAAGAAUGCACAGAUAGCACAACAGCUGGAGGAGAGAGAGCGCAGCGUUAAGCACCACCUGGAUAUAGCAGCUAAAGGGCCACUGAGGCAGACAUUCUCCCACAAUCCUCUUCAGCAGAAAAAAUCAAACCCUGUGUCUCCAAGCAAACCCAAGUCAAAGCCUUGACAGGACAAAAUUAGAUGAAGCUCUAUUUCUAAUGUCAUUACAACCCCACGGACUCAAUAAUGUCCCUACGCACAGAUGAUGCCAGUGAAUGUUUGACUUAAAAGAGGAAAUAUUAGAAGCCCUUCACAUUGUUUUAUGAAUAAAGGGUACAUUUUGGUGGA